CGUGGGCUUUUUUUUCAUGUAUUCUGAUGCCUGUUACACGACGUAUAACAGGUUCAUCAUAUUACGCCGAGCCUCAUCGGCUUACCCUAUGUCUGGCCCAUACUGGGAGAGCACGUCUUUGGUACAGCCUCUUGGCACAAUGUCGUAUUGGGACCGGCAUUUGCCGUUUUGGGCUGACUGUCUGCGCCGAAAGAAGACAGCACUGUUCAGCCGCAUUAGAAACAUGCAAGAUAAGAACCUGAAAUACGUAUCCGUACGCGCCGCAUUCUCUACCAUCGUCAACGACCGCCGCCGCCGCAGAGAUAACCAGAUUGGGAAUCACACCAAUCGCCAGGUACCACCGCCGCCACCCACGGGACGAGUUUGA